CCCUGCGCGCAUCUGACGAAUCACUCCCGUCCAGACACCGGAGAGAGAGCCCGCGCGCCGCUGAGAGGGAGACAGGGAAUCCCCGAACCCGAGCCCAGGCUGCUGUUAAUGGCCGGUUCCGUCAGCAUGGCACGGGGACGCGUCUGAUGCGCUCGCGCUCUAAUAAAGACUCCCAUCACGGACUGACCGGACGCGACUGGAAGCGUUUUCCACUCAUGAGGCAGCCACCGAGCGAGUUUGAUAGCAUGGCACUGAGCGGCACGCUUCUGCCGUCUAUUUCCAGCUUCUCGAGCGACGCGGACGCGAAGCGCAAGGCGAUGACGGGACCCGGGACCGCCGGUUUAAGAUGGAAGGAGGAGAUGUCUCACCUGAAACGCCCCUGCAUGUCUACAGGUGGGACCUGCGCUGACCAGGACGUCCCUUCCGCAAUGACCAAGAGAGAACCAGAAGAGCUGGACCUGUUGGACUAUGAUUUUAUCCUGUCGAACAGCAUGCUUCAGCAGCAGCAGCAGCAGCAGCAGCAGGAGGCCUCAGCGGCCAGCACCUCCAGAACUCUUCCGCCCUCCCCUGCGUCCUCCUAUCCCAUGCCCUCUCCUCAGGGCCAAGAGUCCAGCAUGUUGUACAGCAUCCCGGACAUGAGCGACGUAUCUCCCUCGGGAGGUUUUGUGGCCGAAUUGAUGAGGCCGGAGCUGGAUUCGGCGUAUCUUCAGCCCGCGAGCCUCCACGGGAAGUUUGUGGUGAAGACCACCAUGGACAUGACCGAUUACAGCCAAGGGCUCAGUAAGGGAGGCUCAAUGUCGGACUCUUCUUCUUUCUCCCUUGACUGUCCAAUAAAGCAGGAGCAGGACCUUUAUAGCACUUGCACCAUCAGCCGACCGAUGGAUCUCCAUCUGGGGGUGAACUCACGGAGCGGAGUCGGUCAGAGGCCGCUGCUGGAGCCUCACGCUUUCGGCACGGCCCGAGGGGCCAUGGGGCCCAGUCGCUCUUCCACUUCCUCUCUGUCUCCGGACGAGCAUCCUCAAGCUCCGGUUCUGGGGCCCCCUCCGAUCUCCCUGGCCCCGGGAUAUCACCCCUCGCCGGGUUACUCUGGCUUUCCGGCACCUCCCGCUCAAUCAGUGCAGUACCAAGAGCUGAUUGCUCCAGCCGACUGUUUGCCCGAAGAGUCCAAGCCCAAGCGGGGUCGGCGCUCCUGGCCGAGGAAGCGAAUAGCAACGCACACGUGCGACUACGCAGGCUGCGGCAAAACCUACACCAAGAGCUCCCAUCUCAAAGCGCACCACAGGACUCACACAGGAGAAAAGCCGUAUCACUGUGACUGGGAGGGAUGUGGCUGGAAAUUCGCCCGAUCGGACGAGCUCACCAGGCAUUACCGGAAGCACACGGGCCAUCGGCCGUUCCAGUGCCAGAAAUGCGACCGAGCCUUUUCCCGGUCGGAUCAUCUCGCGCUGCACAUGAAACGCCAUCUAUAACCUGGAAGACCCCCCUAAAAACUGAAGAUACUUGUGGACUAGUUAACCACGUGUUGCCUUUGAACAAGAGCUCCACGACAAGCUGUGUUCUCCACAGCGUCAGGGUUGGGACGUUUCUUUUGUUUACUCUUAGUGCUGGCAAAAGAUUAAUCGCAUCUAAAAGGAAAGUUUUUGUUUACAAAAUACGUGUGUGUGCACUCUGUAUAUUAUGUAUACAUAAGGACACACACAUAGAUCAUAUAUUUAAAAAAUAUUUACAGUGUAUAUAUAUAU